CAUGAAUGUGCUCAUAUAUGCCAUGGAAUAUGGACUGUUUCAGCUUCCUUACUGUAAUUGCUUCAGCACAUAUUCUCACUUUAUUAAAACGCCAUUCCUGUCUUUCCAUCUGCAUAUAUCUGAUUUAUAUAUAUAGAAAUAGAGAGACAGAGAGAGAGAGAGAAGUAGAGCAGUGUGAAAGAGAAAAGAAACUCAUCAAUUUCGGUGUUUGAGAAAAAGUGGGAUGCCGAAGCAGAAUUUCAAGGUGUGCCUGUGUUGGAGGAGAAUAUUCAAGACAAGGGUGGUCGAGCCACCUCCAGCUGUUAAGAAUGCCUUCAAUCGUUUCUCACAAAGUGGAACGAUGACUGUGGAUGACCUCCUGACGUUUCUGAUUGAACAUCAAGGUGAAAAUAAUGCCACCAAGGAAGAUGCUCAAGCCAUUUUUGAUAGUCUCAAGCAUCUUAAUAUCUUCCACAGGAGAGGACUCCAUUUAGAAGCUUUCUUUAGAUAUCUCCUUGGUGACCAUAACCUUGCUCACCCUCCAUCUUCAAAGGUGCACCAUGACAUGACGGCUCCAUUGGCACAUUAUUUCAUAUUCACGGGACAUAAUUCCUACUUGACUGGGAAUCAAGUAAUCAGCCCCAGCAGUGUAGAACCCAUUAAAGAUGCUCUACUUAGAGGUGUAAGAGUGAUUGAAUUGGACCUGUGGCCAAAUUCCAAGGGGGACGGUGUCGAAAUUCGCCAUGGCGGGACUCUGACUUCUCCAGUGGACCUCCAAGAAUGUUUGCAAGCAAUUAAGGAGAAUGCAUUCCAUGCUUCAGAAUAUCCAGUUGUGAUCACUUUUGAAGACCAUUUGAAUCCAAAUCUUCAGAAAAAGGUGGCUAAGAUGGUCACAGAAACUUUUGGAGUUAUGCUCUACCGGUCCGAAACAGAAAACAUGCAGCAAUUUCCUUCACCAGAAUCAUUGAAGAAAAGGAUUCUGAUUUCAACCAAACCCCCUAAAGAGUACCUGGGAGAAAACAGGGGAGAUGUUUCUGAAACUGAGAGUGAAAGACGGAAUCCAUCAGAUGUAGGAGAACAUUUUCCAGAUGAAGACGAAGAGAAUACUGUGGUUCAAUACAGGCAGCUAAUUGCCAUUCAUGCUGGGAAGCUCAAAGGUGGAUUAGAGAACUGGCUGAGUGAUGACCCAAUGAAAGUCCGACGGCUUAGCUUGAGUGAACAAGAGCUUGAAAAUGCUAUUAGAGCAUAUACUACUAAGAUUGUGAGGUUUACUCAACGAAAUUUGCUGAGAGUGUAUCCUAAAGGCACACGCUUAGACUCUUCCAAUUACAAUCCUUUUGUGGGGUGGAUGCAUGGAGCUCAAAUGGUUGCAUUUAACAUGCAGGGAUAUGGAAAGUACUUAUGGAUAAUGCAAGGAAUGUUUAAAGCAAAUGGUGGAUGCGGCUAUGUGAAGAAACCUGAUUUUUUAUUGCAGAGGGGAGAGAAUGAUGAGGUUUUUAAUCCCAAUGCGCCAUUGGAAGUCAAGACCGUUUUGAGGGUAAAAGUUAUCUUGGGGGAAGGUUGGCAUCAGGAUUUCCACCAUACUGCAUUUGAUCGCUAUUCCCCGCCCGACUUCUAUACGAGAAUUGGAAUUGCUGGUGUUCCAGAAGAUAAGGAUGUAAAGAGAACAGCAAUAAUAGAAGAUGAAUGGUUACCUGUAUGGGACCAGGAUUUCGAAUUCCUAAUUCGUGUUCCGGAAUUAGCUGUGCUUCGGAUUCAAGUCCUGGAAUAUGACACCACUGGGAGACCUGAUUUCGGAGGCCAAACAUCUUUACCUGUAUCAGAGUUGAGAACUGGGAUUAGGACGGUCCCAUUAUGUGACAAGAAGGGAAAUAAAUACAAGCAUGUAAGGCUCCUUUUGAGCAUUAACUUUGGACGCCCUUAUUAUCUCUGAUUACCCACACAUUGACUUCAUGUUUGUAAUGGAUUAUCAUAUCUUGCAUGCAUGCAUGCUUAAACAUCA